UUCUUCUUCCUGUCCAAUGAUGAACUGCUGGAGAUCCUCUCUGAGACGAAGGAUCCCUCUCGCGUACAGCCGCAUCUAAAGAAGUGCUUCGAGGGUAUCAGUCGUCUCGUCCUCACAGAACAACAGGAGAUCACGGGAAUGAUAUCUUCUGAGGGUGAAGUUGUCCCCUUCGCCAACAAACUCUACCCAGCCAAGGCCAAGGGCAUGGUAGAAAAGUGGCUGCUUCAAGUGGAGGCCAUGAUGAUUCAAAGUUUACGCAAAGUUAUUGGAGACAGCGUCACUGCUUAUAUGUCAACUCCUCGUGAAAAGUGGGUUCUGGACUGGCCAGGCCAGGUAAAUUGGGGUUAUUUUUAA